AUGUUCCCGCCGGGCUCGGCGGUCCAAUUGCAACUUUUGGCACCUGACGCCUCCGACGCGAUCAAUCAGAAAGUGCACAGAGGAGGCCAUUACACCCCAGAUUUCGGCUCCACGAAGGUUCCAAGCUCCUCGCGGGAGGAAGGACUGUCAGACCGGCCGGAGGUGCGAUUCGCGGCCUUUGGUGCCAUCUACACGGCCACGCUCCUGGCCAACGGUGCCCUCCUCCUCGCCCUCCGCGGCGACCACCAUCUCCACACGCCCAUGUACUUCCUCCUCACCACCCUGUCGUUGCUGGACGUCUUCUGCCCCAUGGCCGCGGGUAAGGACGUCUUCCUCCUGACGGUCACGGCCUCUGAGCAUCGCUUGGCCGUCGUCAGCCCUCUCCACUACGCUGUUCUAAUGGACGGGAGCAUGUGCGUCGCGCUGGCGUACUACUACUACGUCCUUCCGGUGACGGGCCUGUCCGCUCUGGCGGUGGGCGGGAUCGGCGCCUUCUCUAUCACUUUAGGCUCCUACGUACUCGUCGCAGGCGCCACCGUGAAGAGCCGCUCGGCCGAGGAGAAGCGCCGGACCUGGUCCACCUGCACCUCCUGCCUGCCGGCCGUCAGCCGAUUCUAUGGCCCCGCCAUCAUCACCUACAUCCGGCCAUCUUGCUGUCACUAUCCAGGAAGCAAAAUGCUCGUGGGCAUGCUUUAUGGCGUCCUCAACCCCCUCAUCGACAGCCUGAGGAAUGAGGAGGUCAAGGCGGCCCUCCGGCAGUUGCUGAGACAGACGUUAGGCCCGCUGGGAUCUCUUCGGCACCCAUAG